AUUCAACGAAUGCACAUCUCCACUGGAUCGUUGGAACGUCGUAUACGUCACUACGUCAAAUGCGCCCAAUUCAACGAAUGCGCCAAGUUCGUCGUCAUAUUCCAGAGUUUUGAGGUUGCUGAUGAACUCUCCGCGUUUCGCCUUAUACGUGCUCACAGCCUCCUCGUAUUCAUUUGACGGUUUCUGGUGAUUUGGAUCACACGACCCAGUCCCGGAUCGCUUUUCCGUGUUUUCUUCGAUCUUUUUGAUUUCAGAUUCUGCUGGACUGCACCAAUCACGGAGGUACUCCACCAAGGCUUUUUCAUUCUUAUGGCUCGGACCUUUCUCUUCGAGUACUUGAUUAAGCUUGAGGAUGGCUUCGUUGAUCAAUUUUAUCGCGGCCGCAUAGUUUGAC